AUGGCCUCCUUGUGGGCGCGUGGCAUGUAUUCCGAUCAUCCACCGGCGAUGCAGACCAGAGACCAGAUCAAUCCAACUCUGAUGAUGAGCUGGUGGGCGACGGGCUUUUCGCUGGCCAUCAUCAUCGUCCGGUUGUGUGGUCGCUAUAUUCGGAUUGAGCGCUUCUUUCCCGAAGAUAAGGUCGUCAUGAUUAGUGUGAUCCCGCUGGUGAUUCGCAUGGUGCUGGUCCAUUUCGUGCUAGUGCUGGGGACCAACAAUACCACGACGGGCAGCUUGACCGAGCAGGAUAUCAGAAAUCGGGAGCUGGGGAGUAAGCUCGUGCUGGCGGCGCGCAUAUUUUACGCGAUCUUCAUCUGGACAGCCAAAGUCACAGUCUGCGAAUUCCUCAAAAGAGUCACAGGUCUCGUCUGGCGCCGCUCAGUGGCCCUCUUCCUCCGCUUCAUCAACUUCUUCCUGAUCUCCACCCUGGUCGCAGUGGUCAUCGCCACGCUAGCAGAAUGCCAACCCUUCGACCACUACUGGCAGGUCGUUCCAGACCCAGGCCCAACCUGUCGAACAGGUUACGUGAACCUAAUAACAAUGGGAACCUGCGAUGUCAUCACCGACCUUCUUCUCAUCGCCUUCCCCGUGCCAAUCAUCAUGCUAGCCCAAAUGCCCCUAAAGCGCAAACUAGCCCUAAUCAUCCUCUUCUGCCUCUCUCUCUUCCUAGUCGCCAUCACCUGCUACCGCGUGCCCUCGGUCAUCGGCCACAAAGGCUCCCAACAAUACCGUUCCCUCCUAGCAAGUUUGGAAAUCCUAGCCGCGACAGCUGUCUCAAACGCCGUCGUCAUCGGCUCAUUCGUCCGAGACCGGGGCGUCAAAAAAUUAAAGUACAAGCGUGAUCAAGGCUCCGCCUCGGUUUCAGAAAGCAUGGACAAAUCCUUCGUCAGAAGAAACACUGUCAUGCAGAACCAAUGGGGCAGCGACUCCGACCUCGCAACAGGAUUAUGCAUCCGACUCGAUCCAGACAUGGUUAUCAGCCCCACGACAACAGCCGACGGCUCCCUCAUUCCGCGUCCCGCUCCACCAGUCGCACUGCCACCUCAUAUGCCGCUCGCAGUGGCACGCACUGGGUCGAUUGACCCUUCUUGGUCGUUUACUACGACCCGUUCUGACGAUGACCAUGCUUCGGCUACGGAUAGUCUCGAUAUCAAGAUUAGUCCGCGGGAGUAUUUGCGCACGAAUACGUCGCCGAGGGAGUCGAUAGCUCACCCGAGACGAGUUUCGUUCUCUGAUGUGGGCGGGCUGUUGACCAGGGCGCUGCCUGGUGAUUCUCUUGCUCGCUCCGAGAACUCGAGGGAGAACUCGAAUCCUGCUUCUGCUCGUCCUGCGCCUCCUGCGGAGGCUUCCCAGCGUAGGAGUGGGAGUCGGGGUUUCCUGGAAGAUUUGGGUAUUGUUACGCCCUUUUCUUCGAGGGGCGCUGGUCUGGGUAGAUCUCAGGCAUUGCCUCAUCCUCAGCCUCGGCCUUCCUUACACUCUCACUCUCAGUCUUACUCUCACAAUCUGACUCGGACUCAUACUAAUACUCAUACCCAUACCCUCCCUGCAUAUCGCUCUUCGUCGGAUAUCACUCUCGAUGAAGACGUCGAGUUACAGGAUGUUGGUGGGCUACUCUCAACACAACAUCAGAACCAUGGCCGUGGCCAUGAUAUUUGUUGA